GAAGACCCACCGGGUAAAUCGCAAGGGUGUGGCCACUCGUGAGUAUACGAUCCAUUUGCAUAGGCGUAUUCAUGGGAUUGGCUUCAAAAAGCGUGCCCCUCGUGCUAUAAAAGAAAUAAAAAAAUUUGCUCAAAAGAUGAUGGGGACUGAGGACGUCCGAGUAGACAUAAGGCUUAAUAAGUUCGUAUGGUCAAAGGGUGUUCGAAAUGUGCCCUAUCGAGUCAGAGUGAGACUUGCUCGCAAAAGAAAUGAGGAUGGAGACAGUUCUAUGCGAUACUACACUGUUGUCUCAUAUGUCCAUUGCACAGAUUUUAAAAGAAAGCAAAUAAUGAAUGUUCUCAUUCUCAUGAUUGAUCUUAUCUCUGCUGCCACGAGUUAUGCAAUGCUCUCUCACAAGCUGACCGAGCACCAGAUACUAUUAGGCUGA